AUGUUAGCUGCUGUGGAACAUGGUCCCAUCCUCUGCAGCGACUCCAACAUCCUCUGCCUCUCCUGGAAGGGCCGGGUCCCCAAGAGCGAGAAGGACAAACCGGUGUGCCAGCGGCGCUACUAUGAGGAGGGCUGGUUGGCCACUGGGAACGGGAGAGGGGUGGUGGGCGUAACGUUCACAUCCAGCCACUGCAGGAGAGACAGGAACACCCCUCAGAGAAUCAACUUUAACCUGCGAGGACACAACAGUGAGGUUGUGUUGGUCCGUUGGAAUGAGCCCUUUCAGAAGCUGGCCACGUGUGACAUGGAGGGAGGCAUCUUUGUUUGGAUUCAAUAUGAGGGACGGUGGUCUGUGGAGUUAGUGAAUGACCGCGGUGCCCAGGUGAGUGACUUCACAUGGUCUCAUGAUGGCAGCCAGGCCCUGAUCGCCUACCGGGAUGGGUUUGUCCUAGUGGGGUCAGUCAGCGGACAGAGACACUGGUCCUCAGAGAUUAACCUGGAGAGCCAGAUCACCUGUGGCAUCUGGACACCUGAUGACCAACAGGUGUUGUUUGGUACGGCUGAUGGUCAGGUGAUAGUGAUGGACUGCCAUGGUCGUAUGAUCGCCCACGUCCUCCUGCAUGAGUCAGAUGGCAUUGUCGGCAUGUCCUGGAACUGUCCCUGUUUCCUGGUGGAGGACAGCACAGAGAGCGACACCGACUCUGAUGACAAUAACACACCUCAAGGCAAGAUCAUGUAGUAAUUAUUAUUACGUAACCUGAAGCCCGUUCUGACAGUCAGCUUCAUAUCAGGAGACAUCAGUUUGAUGAACAACUACGAUGACCUCGCUCCUACCGUCAUCCGCUCAGGACUAAAAGAUGUGGAGGUACAGUGGUGUUCGCAGGGGGACCUCCUGGCAGUAGCUGGGAUGGAGAGACAUGGUGUCCCUGGAGUCCCCUCUGGCUCUAUCAUGAGGAACGCCCUGGUCAAGUUCUACAACGUCCAAGGAGAACAUAUCUACACGUUAGAAACACCUGCCCAGCGCCCCAUCACCACCAUCUGCUGGGGCCAUAGAGACUCUCGUCUGUUUCUGGCAUGUGGCCCGGCGCUGUAUGUGGUGCGAGUGGAGCACCGGGUGGCCAGCCUGCAGCUGCUGUGCCAACAGGGCAUCGCCAGCGCCCUGAGGGAGGAGAGGGACGUGGGCAAACUCAACAUGCCUUCCUUACUCUGCUCCUAUGUCACCACCGCCUUCAUACCCACCAUCAAGCCUCCCAUUCCUGAUCCCAACAACAUCCGGGACUUUGUCAGCUACCCCACGGCUGGCAACGAAAGGUUGCACUGCACCAUGAAGCGAGCGGAGGACAACCCCGAGGCAGGGGGACCCUGUUACACCCUAUACCUGGAACACCUAGGGGGGCUGGUGCCUAUCCUCAAAGGCAGACGCAUCAGCAAGCUACGCCCAGAGUUCAUCAUCAUGGACCCCAAAACAGACAGCAAAGCAGACGAGGUGUGUGUGAAUGCUAUGAUCUCCUACAUGACUGACAGCUGUAACUGUUCCGACUCCAGCGACAUUGAGUUGAGUGAUGAGUGGGUCGGGAAGAAGUCGCCUAAACUAUCCAGAGGAAACAGGUCUCCCAAGCAUUCCAGAAGGAACAUUGAAUCAAGAAAAUCUCCCAAGACGUCUAGGACUAGUCAGGAAGGGCUUCGAUCGCCAAGGUUACCAACGAAGAAGCCUCUGAUUCGUUCUCCCAGUCUGACACGUCGAGAGAUGUCCAUGGAUGGAAUCUCUGAGCAUAAUUACCUGGCUCAAGUCACGUCCAAUAUUUGGGGGACUAAGUUCAAAAUUGUGGGACUUGCUUCUUUCUUACCUGCUAAUCUGGGUGCAGUUAUCUAUAAGACCAGUUUGCUCCAUCUACAACCAAGGCAGAUGACAAUCUACCUUCCAGAGGUGCGGAGAAUAUCACUUGACUUCAUGAGCCUGCCAGUCUUUAACCCCAACGUCUUCAGUGAGGAUGAGGAUGACUUGCCAGUAACGGGACCAUCUGGAGUGACAGGUGACAACCCUCCAUGUACGGUCAACAUCCCCAUCGCGCCCAUCCACAGCCCCGCCCAGGCCAUGUCCCCCACUCAGAGCAUUGGUCUGGUCCAGUCCCUGCUGGCCAAUCAGAACAUUCAGCUGGAUGUCCUGACCAAUCCCACAGCUACGGCUUCAGCAGCAGCAGCAGCAGCAGCAGCAGCAGCAGCAGCAGCGGCCUCAGCCUCUGUUCUGGGGUCUGAUCAUGGUCAGGAUGCUGUGGCAGUACAUUACAGUGGGACUCUAGGAAGGUACUCUAACCCAGGACAGGUGAUAUUUAAUGGGCUAGAGAUGGGUCCCCUCCUGGCUGGAACGUUACCUCCACCUCCGCCUCAACAUAACCUCCCUCAACAACCUCACCAACAACGUCCUCAGUCACAACAGACGCACCAACAACAGCAGUCCAAACAACCACAGCAGAUACAAACGCAACAGCCGCAGCAGCAGCAACAACAGAGGAUGCAACAUCAACAACUACAGCACCAACAACCACAGAUUCCACAACAUCAACAACUACAGCACCAACAACCACAGAUUCCACAACAUCAACAACUACAGCACCAACAACCACAGAUUCCACAACAUCAUCAACACCUACAACAGCUUCACAUACAGCAGAUCCAACAGCAGCAGCAGCAACAGACUCAGCAGCACCAAGCACUGCAACAACAGUACCAACAACAACAGGCGGCACUGCAACAGCAACAACAGCAGAUCCAACAGCAGCACCAACACUUGCAACAGCAGCAAAUCGCUCAGCAGCACCAACAGAUGCAACUGCAGCACGAGCAAAUGCAUCAGCAGCAGCAACAAAUGCAGCAACAACAACAGCAGAUCCGACAGCAGAUUAUUGAGAUGAGGCAGCAACAGCAGCAGUUGCAGCAGCAGCAUCAGCAGAUACAACAGCAACACCAACAGAUGCAGAGGCAGCACCAACAAAUGCAGCAGCAACUGAAGCUGCAGAUCACCUUGCCCCCUCCGCCUACUGGCUACCCCGCCAUCUCUUUGCAGCAGUUUCAGGUACCCCACCCCAGUCCAGAGUUGGGACCAGAAAGAGGACAGCAGGGCCAUACUCAGAGCCAUACUCUGGGCAGGCCAAGUCUACCGCGAUCCAGGCCUCCAUCAUUCAUUGAUGUAGACAGCUUACGGUCUAGACCUCCUUCCUUCCUCGAAGCAGACACAUCAAGAUCUAGGCCGCCGUCAUUCAUCGACAUAGACACAAUACGGACUAGACCUCCUUCUUUCAUUGAUGUAGAUACCGGUACAUUGCGAUCUAGACCCCUGUCUUUCCUCGAUGCGGACUCCUCCCGAUCUAGAACUCUUUCAUUCAUAGACACAGACACACUACGGUCUAGACCUCCUUCCUUCCUCGAUGCAGAGACUUCCCUUGAGAUCCAGAUGAGGAAGGUGAACGCUCCCCCGCCCUACCCAGGAACCGUAGUGUCUGCAGCCACCGCCACAACCUCCACCGCUCCUCAGACCCUCAUCACCAACUGUGACAACCCCAACAUACUGGUCACAGCAGACCCUUGUCUGAAGAAAGACGAGUUCUCACUCCACCCAGUUGGUCUCCAGUACCAGAUGGGAUACGAGAGGAUCACGACCUUUGACAGCAGUGGGAAUGUAGAGGAGGUGUGUCGCCCUCGCAGAAGACUCAUACGCAACCAGAACGCCUACGCUGUUCAAGGCAUGGGAGGUUCGGCCACACUUAAAGUCACCUCAUCGUCUGACAGUAAGAAAGUCCAUCUUCCUUACAGCUCAGCGACUCUAAGCCGCCUCUCGGUGCCACGAUACUCCAUACCCAGCGGAGACCCGCCCCCCUACCCAGAUCCAGCCAAUCAGGUUAACAUUAACACGACAACACUUCCUCCUCCCCAACGCAUGGACAGUAGUCACAUGAUUCACGCUACCUUGCGACGUGACAGGCGAGAUGGGGAAUCCCGCUUGAAGGUGUCCCAGAUGGUUGAUGCUUCAAGGACUCUACCGUCCAAGUCUAAGAUCAACAGUGCUGCACUAGCGCUCUCUUACCAGCAGAGGGUGCCAACAGCUCUAUAUACCUGCACUCAGUGCAGCAGCAACAGCAGCAGCACCAGUGUCAGCGUUAGCGGGGGUGGUAGUAGCAGCAGUGGCAUAGCAGGAGGCACUGUGGUGCGGCAGGAUUUCCCACCAGGAAAAGGUGCUCAUCACAGCACCAUCAUUGUCCACUCCAAAAGCACUUCACCUCUUGCUUCUCAGUCAUCGUACAAUCUGCUGAGUCCUGUUGAUAACAGCAGGGAUAGGACUGUAUACGUGAACUCUGCCUUUACUGAAGACGAGGCAUUAAGUCAGCAGUGUCGUCACUUGACUCUUGGGGAGGUUAGUUUGACUCUGAAACGUCCUCCGCCAUACCAGUGGGACCCAAACACCGCAGAGGAGUUCUGGAUACCUCAAGAACAGACUAUCUUAGCUCCCCCUCCACCACCAACGCACAAGCCCCCACCCCCACUCAUCUUCAGCAAUGCUCAGCACCUGGACAUGACGCGGCUGCCUUUCCUACUCUCAACAAAACCCCCCAGCAGCCCAAGCACUGUUACUUUCCCAUCGGGUUACCAGAUCUCCCUGUCACCUUUCCCUCCAGGGGGAGGUCAGGGUGGACCCCCACUCCAGUCAAUGCAGAGCCCUCCACCACCCUGCCUUCCCAACGAAGUAGUUGCCCCAGUUCCCCAGUUCACCCAGCAGGACCCCAACCUGGUCUUGCCACCUGGAUACCCUCCCAACCUUGCCAACCUGGCUUGCUGCCCUCUGCCACCGAUGUACCCAGGAGCUAGCUCCUGUGCCGGGCUUCAGCUGCAACCUGUUAGCCUGCACCCCUGGAACCCCUACAGCCUACCCAUGCAGGACCCCUCGGGCUCUGCCACCCUGCCCAGCAAGUCUCAUCAACUGUUAGAGAAGCCAGUCCUCUCCCCAUCUCCUCCUACGGUUCCUCCUCCCCCACCUCCUUCACUUCCUCCUCCUCCUCCACCAACCAUGCUGCCAAAACCCAAAAGCCCCACAGAGGAGCUGACGGAAUCUGCCAGUAGCUUCCAGGAGCCGUCUUCUCUAAAUGACAGCCCUGUUCCAGACCGGCAGGGGACUGACAGGUUCAGCAAGAAGAGCCGUAAACGUCUGGACAGCCGAGCUGAGGAGGCAAACAUGACCACCGUCUCAGAGGGAAAAUCCAAAAAGGAAGGGCGCGCCCUCUCCGACUUCAACUCCCUCAUCUCCAGCCCCAGGCUGGGCGGCAGGGAGAAGAAGAAACCCAAAGGCCAGAGGGAGCAGCUGAACAAAACCAAGAAGCUCAACAGGACAAGUACCACCAGCGAGUUCCAGGAUAGUUCUGAGAGUGAGCCCGAGCUCUUCAUCAGUGGAGACGAACUGAUGAACCAGAGCCAGAGCUCCAAGAAGGGCUGGAAGAGUAAGAGGAGCCUGAGGAUGGCCAGUGAACUGGAAGAGAUCAAGUGCAGGAAGGCCAAUGAGAGAGAGGACCGCGGGCUGGGCAGCCAGGGAUUCGUCUACGUCAUGGCCAAUAAGCAGCCACUCUGGAACGAGGCAACACAAGUCUACCAGCUGGACUUUGGAGGACGGGUCACUCAGGAGUCUGCUAAGAACUUUCAGAUCGAGUUGGAUGGCAGACAGGUGAUGCAGUUUGGCAGAAUCGAUGGGAACGCCUAUAUCCUGGAUUUCCAGUAUCCUUUCUCAGCAGUGCAGGCCUUUGCUGUGGCCUUAGCCAAUGUUACUCAAAGGCUGAAGUGA